UGGCAUAUGGAUUUUAUGCCAACCGGCUAUUUACCCGACAGCGUUUACAGAGAGUUAGCGUGGUAUGGCAUCCUUCAGAUACAGCCUUUACAUCACAGUACUAAACACAAAGUAGCCGCUCAGCUGAUCUGGCAACACACACUUGGGAGACCGCAUGUGAUUAUGGAAAGUUCCCCUCAGUCAACUCAAUCAGAAGGUAAAAUAAGUCGGCAAAUAUUAGCUGAAGAGGCGGCAAAGUGGUCAAGAGAACAACGUGCUGCUCAAGAGGUUUUAAUGGAGAAUAUAAAGAGUGGUGGCAACGGGUUAACCGUAAGAACGGUCGUCAGCUCUCAACAUAAAACAACGUACAUUGUACAAAACGGCAAUUACUACAAGUGUCCUGAAGAUUCAGAGCCGGACCUCGACGCGUAUCGCGUACAGGCUAACAUGCACGAGAGGAAAUGCACAUAUGGGAAGGACUCUAUUCCCGUUCCUAUCGAUCCGUGUAUCGAAGCCGAAGUCGCGCCCAUAGAAUAUUCCUUCCACGAAGGGUGGAUGUUUUGUCUCGGUAAUGGAGAGCGAGAAAAUAAUUAUUUCCAAAAUGGUACUUUGGAUUGCGGCAAUAAAACGAAGGUGUCUAUUAACGAGUUUUUAGAGCUAUGUGCAAUAGAUCACAAUGUUGUAAUAUCAUUCGACUACUUCGGUGACGAGCCGAGAAAAGACAUGGUGCAUAACGCUACACUUUGUACUACUUGGGAUCCAUGUAAAAUUUCUUAUUUGUAUAGACUGGAACCACCACCGGUUGAAUUGACUCCCGCCUUCCCGACGUCAACGCAGAAUCCUUGCGAGACAACCUAUUGUCCAGAAUGUAUGGAAGGGCAUACAGUAGACGAAGGCGUUCCUAUCAAUCUGUAUGAGUGAAGAAAGGAACGUUGCAGCGCCCACAGUAACGAUAAGAAAUUAUUCUACAUAAGGAAGAAAAACAAUAAAUUGGUUAAAAUAAA